CGCAAUACGAGUAAAGUAACAUCGCCAACUAACCAUACCAGCCAGCAGCAGCCCCGCCCCACGCCCCCCGCCCCCCCGCCAACACCAAAACCCCGACAAUCAUCCCAGUCGACAAAAUGACGUCCCGACCCACUGUCUCGAUCAUCGGUGCCGACGGAAAGGCCAGCGGCGCCUCCGCUACCCUCCCCAAUGUCUUCAAGGCGCCGAUCCGUCCUGACAUUGUCCAGUCGGUCCACACCGGCAUGGCCAAGAACAAGAGGCAGCCUUACGCUGUCUCUUCCAAGGCUGGCCACCAGACGUCUGCUGAGUCGUGGGGAACUGGUCGUGCUGUUGCCCGUAUUCCCCGUGUCUCGGGAGGAGGAACCCACCGUGCCGGUCAGGCUGCCUUCGGUAACCAGUGUCGUUCCGGUCGUAUGUUUGCGCCCACCAAGACCUGGCGCAAGUGGCACGUCAAGGUCCCGCAGGGACAGCGCCGUUUCGCGACCGCGUCUGCCCUCGCCGCCUCUGCUGCCGUUCCCCUCGUCCAGGCCCGUGGUCACCGCGUCUCGGAGGUUGCCGAGCUCCCCCUCGUCAUCGCUUCCGCUGCGUUCAACGACCUGGCCAAGACCCGUGCUGCCGUCGCUCUCCUGAAGGGUAUCGGCGCCUACCAGGACGUCACUAAGGUCGCUGCCUCGCGCAAGACCCGUGCCGGAAAGGGAAAGCUCCGUGGCCGCCGUCACCGCCAGCGUCGCGGUCCCCUGAUCAUCUUCAACCCGGCCGACGAGUGCUCCGUCAACGUCGUCAAGGCGUUCCGCAACAUCCCCGGUGUCGAGACGUGCUCCGUGUCUGCCCUGAACCUGCUGCAGCUCGCCCCCGGUGGCCACCUCGGUCGCUUCGUCAUCUGGACCGAGUCCGCGUUCGGUGCCCUCGACACCAUCUACGGCUCCACCACCGAGGCCGGUGAGGGAAAGAAGAACUACUUCCUCCCUUCCAACAUCGUGUCCCAGUCCGACCUGACCCGUCUCAUCAACUCGAGCGAGGUCCAGGGCGUGCUCCGACCCGUCCGCGGCGGCUCCACCCAGAAGAAGGGAGGAAAGGCCGGCGUCCUCAAGAAGAACCCCCUCAAGAACAAGCAGAUCAUGCUCAGGCUCAACCCAUACGCCAAGGCGUACUCGGAGCAGAAGCUGGGCAACGUCAAGGUCGAGGGCUCGAAGGAGCGUCCCGGCAUGUCGGAGACUUUCCAGAAGGUUAUCAACGCCCCGUAGAUGCUUUGUCUUUGAUUUCUUGUGCGUUUUAAUGAAUCAAUAAAACGGUCGUUCUUCUGCGUUCUUCAAUUUGUUGUAUUUCUUUUGUUCUUACUGGGCCGGCUGGCAAGGGGUUUGCUUUUUUUUCCCGGGGUGUUCAAUAUCAUGAUGGCUUUUGACUUCUUUCAAUUCAAAUUGAUGAAUUGCACCCCCG